CCUACUAGACUCUCCAAACCCCCCCCAAGGAGCUUCUCGGCCGAGACGUCCACAAUUCGACCGCCGUAGUUCGACCGCCGUAGUUCGACCGCCGUCACCGAUCGCUCUUCGAUCUUCAUCAACCUAUAAUGGCUCAAUCUCAAUCAACAGAGGGAGCCACUCAAGUGGUUGAGGCUGUUAAGUUCAGUUUCAUGACAGAUGAAGAAGUCCGAAAGCAUAGUUUUCUCAAAGUUACGAGCCCUAUUUUGCUCGAUAACGUGGAGAGACCUGUACCAGGUGGUCUUUACGAUCCUAUAUUGGGUCCUUUAGAUGACAGGACACCCUGUAAAUCAUGUGGUCUGCUCAGACUUAGCUGCCCAGGACAUUGUGGGCAUAUCGAGCUUGUGUCUCCUGUUUAUCAUCCUUUGCUGUUCCACUUUCUUCACAGCCUUCUCCAGAUGACCUGUUUCUUUUGCCGUCACUUUAGGAUACGGACGCAGGAGGUUGAGAGAGUUGUUUCCCAACUGAACCUCAUCAUAAAAGGGGAUGUAGUCGAAGCUAGGCUGUUGAAUUCUGACUCGAAGUUUGCUAGGUGGUCCGAUUCUGAAUCAGGGAGAGAGUCCACUCAUUCAGAGCAUAGUGACAUGAGCUAUGAAUUUGGUUUAGACAUUGAUUCAUCAGAAAAAUGCAGAGACCCUGGCACGCCAAAGCAGAGAUGGACUUCUCUUCAGUUCUCUGAAGCUACUGCUGUUUUGAAUGCUUUUCUGAAGUUAAAAACAGAAAAAUGUAAACGUUGCAAAGCAAAAAAUCCUAAAGUGCGGAAGCCUACAUUCGGAUGGUUUCACAGGGCUGGUAUGACAGGUUCAGCGAUUGGAGCUAAUAUAAUUCAAGGGCUCAAGGUGAGGAAGCCAUCUAGCACUGUGGAGGAUCUUGAUAACGAUGAAAACGAUGGCAUUGAUGCAGUAUCUGAAGCUGAAGAUUCUGCUAAAGUAGUUAACGAGUUUGUAAAGCACAAGAACUUUUCAACGAGUCAUCUUUUGCCUACUGAGGUUAAGGAGAUCUUAAAAGAUUUGUGGCAAAAUGAGUUCGAAUUUUGCUCGUUCAUUGGUGAUCUUCAGCAGUGUGGAUCCAAAAAAGUUGACCACAAUAUGUUCUUUCUGGAGAGCAUUCUCGUGCCUCCGAUUAAAUUUCGAGCCCCAACAAAAGGGGGUGCCAGUGUUAUGGAACACCCUCAGACCGUAGCCCUGACUACGGUUUUAGAAUCUAAUAUAUCCCUUGGGAAUGCCUAUUUUAAUAAGUUAGAGAAGUCAAAGAAAAUUAGACGGUGGAUGGAUCUUCAACAAUCAAUUAAUGUUCUGUUUGAUAGCAAGACCGCCACAGCUCGAAGCCAGAGAGAAGCUUCAGGCAUAUGCCAAUUACUGGAGAAGAAAGAGGGUCUGUUUCGGCAAAAAAUGAUGGGAAAGAGAGUAAAUCAUGCCUGUAGAUCUGUUAUAUCCCCGGAUCCUUAUAUUGCCGUUAAUGAGAUUGGAAUUCCACCAUAUUUUGCAUUGAAGUUGACAUAUCCUGAGAGAGUGACUCCCUGGAAUGUUGAAAAGUUAAGGGAGGCCAUCAUUAAUGGUCCUGACAUUCAUCCUGGAGCAACACAUUACUCUGAUAGGUUAUCCACGGUGAAGCUGCCUCCUACACGGAAAGCACGAAUAGCAUUGGCCAGAAAAUUAUUGUCUUCACGAGGGACACAUAUGGAGCCUGAGAAGGCUUGCGAUAUAAACUUUGAAGGCAAAAUUGUCUAUCGACACAUGCAAGAUGGAGACGCCGUCCUUGUGAAUCGUCAGCCUACAUUACAUAAACCUAGCAUAAUGGCGCACAAAGUCCGUGUCCUGAAGGGAGAGAAAACACUUCGACUCCACUAUGCAAAUUGCAGCACAUACAAUGCCGAUUUUGAUGGUGAUGAGAUGAAUGUGCAUUUUCCGCAAGAUGAGAUUUCACGUGCAGAGGCUUACAACAUUGUCAAUGCGAACAACCAAUAUGUCAGGCCUUCUAACGGUGAUCCACUUCGUGCCUUAAUCCAGGAUCAUGUUGUAAGUGCUGUACUUCUCACCAAGAGGGACACAUUUUUGGACAAAGAUCAGUUCGAUCAGCUUCUCUUCAGUUCUGGCGUGUCUGACAUGGUACUCAGUUCCUUUUCUGGAAAACCUGGAAAGAAAGUGAUAGUAUCAGCUUCUGAUGCAGAGCUUUUGGCAGUUGAGCCUGCUAUUUUGAAACCUGUUCCUCUUUGGACUGGAAAGCAGGUCAUCACUGCAGUGUUGAACCAUAUAACAAAGGGCCAACCACCAUUCACUGUAGAGAAAGCUACAAAACUGCCACUUGAUUUCUUUAAGAUUAGAUCAAGGGAAGCAAAUUCGAAGAGCAAAGAGAACAACGUUAGGAAGCACUCGAGCAAAAAGAACGAUAAUGAUGAAUCAUGGAAGCGGGAGCUUGACGAAGACAAGCUGCUUAUCAAUAAAAAUGAUUUUGUCCGAGGUGUGAUUGACAAGGCUCAAUUUGCCGACUAUGGAUUGGUUCAUAUAGUUCAAGAACUAUAUGGCUCAAAUGCUGCAGGAAAUCUGCUUUCAGUCUUAAGUCGUCUGUUCACUGUCUAUCUUCAGAUGCAUGGUUUUACCUGUGGAGUUGAUGAUCUUAUCAUAAACAAAGAUAUGGAUGAUAAGAGGAUGAAACAACUUGAAGAAUCUGAACUAGUUGGUGAAAGAGUACUUCGCAAGGCCAUUGGCAUUGGGAACGAUGUUCAGAUAGAUCCCAAGGACUUGAAAUCCAGAGUUGAAAGAAUUAUUUGCAGUGAUGGGGAAGCUGCGUUAUUAUCUUUGGAUAGGAGCAUAGUGAAUGAGCUCAACCAGUGUACUAGCAAGGGUGUGAUGAAUGAUUUACUCUCAGACGGGCUGUUGAAAUCCACUGGAAAGAACUGUAUAUCUCUGAUGACAAUAUCUGGGGCUAAGGGCAGUAAGGUUAACUUCCAGCAAAUCUCUUCACACUUGGGCCAGCAAGAUUUAGAAGGAAAAAGGGUUCCUCGUAUGGUUUCUGGAAAGACAUUGCCAUGUUUCCAUCCAUGGGACUGGUCGCCUAGAGCUGGGGGUUUUAUCAGCGAUCGUUUCCUUAGUGGUCUUCGCCCCCAAGAAUAUUAUUUCCAUUGCAUGGCUGGCCGUGAAGGAUUAGUUGAUACUGCUGUGAAGACAUCACGGAGUGGAUACCUGCAAAGAUGCUUGAUGAAAAAUCUCGAGAGCCUAAAAGUCAAUUAUGAUUAUACUGUCCGGGAUUCUGAUGGGUCCAUCAUUCAGUUCCAGUAUGGAGAAGAUGGUGUGGAUGUCCAUAGAACAAGCUUCAUUGAUAAGUUCAAAGAACUGACAGCAAAUCGAGAUAUGAUUCUCCAAAGAUGCAGUGAAGACAUGUUAUCAGAAUCCAAUUGUUACAUUACCGAUCUUCCUGUCACUCUCAAGAAGCAAGCUGAGAAAUUCGUGGAGGCACUGCCAUUGAAGGAACGUAUUGCGUCUAAAUUAGUGAAAGAAGAACUUCUGAAACUGGUAAAGCCUAAAUAUUUUGCAAGUCUUGCCCAGCCAGGGGAGCCUGUGGGUGUUCUUGCUGCACAAUCUGUAGGAGAGCCAUCAACUCAAAUGACGCUGAAUACUUUCCAUCUUGCUGGGCGUGGAGAGAUGAAUGUCACCCUCGGAAUUCCACGGUUACAAGAGAUCUUGAUGACUGCUUCAGCUGACAUCAAGACACCAAUAAUGUCAUGUCCCUUGCUCAAGGGCAAAACAAAGGAUGAUGCGAAUGACAUCGCUGAUAAGUUGAGGAAGAUCACUGUGGCGGACAUAAUCGAGGGUAUGGAAGUUUCAGUUGUACCAUUUACGAUUCUCGAAAAAGAACUUUGCAGUAUUCACAAGCUUAAGAUGAAGCUCUAUAAGCCCGAGCACUACCCGAAGAACACUGGUAUCACCGCAAAAGACUGGGAAGAGACACUAACGGUUGUGUUUUUACGAGCAUUGGAGGAUGCGAUACAAAAUCACAUAGUUCUGCUGUCUAAAAUGAGUGGCAUUAAAAAUUUUGUGGAGGAAACACCGUCGAAAGCUGGAAAUGGAGAGGAUGACGGUGACGGAUCUGUUGCUCAGAAGCAGGUCCGAGAAGAUGAGGAUGAGGAUGCUGAAGGUCAAGACAUAGAUGAUCUCGGUUCAGAUGCACAGAAACGAAAGAAGCAAGCAACAGAUGAGAUGGAUUACGAGGAAAGUUCCGAUGAAGAGAAGAACGAGCCAUCAUCAGUGAGCGGAAUAGAAGACCCUGAAGUGGAUAAUGAAGAUGAGGACAUGGAAAUUAGCAAGGAAGAUCUCGUAGGUGAUGAUGGAGAAGAGCCAAAACCAGAAGAAGGAAAGAAGACAAAAGCAGAGAAGACGGAGAAGAAGAAGAAGAAGAGGAAAGCCUUUGAAGUAAAGGAAACCGACAGGCACGUCUUCGUGAAAGCGAAAGGAAUGGAGUUCGAAGUCCACUUCAAGUUCAAGAAAGAGCCUCAUAUCCUUCUUGCUCAGAUUGCUCAGAAGACAGCACAGAAGGUUUACAUUCAGAAUUGUGGGGAAAUUCAACGAUGCACGGUGACGGAUUGUGGUGAUGCUCAGGUGAUUUACUACGGGGAGAAUCCGAAGGAGAGAAAAGACGUUUCCAACGAUGAAAAGAAGGCGAAACCGGCACUUCAUGCCGCUGGAAUAGAUUUCACAACUUUCUGGGAACUCCAAGAUGAGAUUGACGUCAGAUACUUGUACAGCAACAGUAUUCAUGCUAUGCUGAACACCUAUGGAGUUGAAGCAGCAAGAGAGACCAUAAUCAGAGAAAUAAACCACGUGUUCAAAUCAUACGGGAUCUCCGUAAGUAUUCGGCACUUGAAUCUGAUUGCGGAUUACAUGACGUAUUCGGGAGGGUAUCGUCCUAUGAGCCGAAUGGGAGGCAUAGCGGAAUCCACGUCCCCUUUCUGCAGAAUGUCGUUUGAAACAGCUACCCGAUUCAUCGUUCAAGCAGCUACUUAUGGAGAGGUUGAUAACUUGGAAACACCUUCUUCAAGGAUCUGUCUCGGGUUGCCAGUGCAGUCGGGGACGGGGAGUUUCGACGUGUUGCAAAGGCUGCAACUUUAAACGGAUCUGUACAUUUCGAGCUUCCCCUUCACGAAAAAUCCGUGUAAGCCUCUCUCUCGGAUCCUUCUUCGAGUAAGCAAUUUUGCACCUUUGUUCUUUUGUUGUAGCCCGGGGAAAUCCCGGUCUCGGUCUCGAUCUCGAUCUCGAACUCGAUUGCAGAACUGACGAUGAUUUAAAGUGUUUACGAUGAUUCAGGCUUCUUCUUUCCUGUGAAA